CCGGUGUUCCCCAAGGAACUAAACUUGGUCCAUGGCUUUAUCUGAUUAUGAUAAACACUGUUGCUGUAGCAGAUGUUGACCAGUGGAAGUAUGUUGACGAUACAACGGUUGCAGAAACUGUGUUGAAGAAUGAUGCAAGUGCCAUGCAAGAGUACGUCGAAGAUCUGUCGAACCAGUCCUUAGCUAACAAAUUUCAGAAAAAUGAAACGAAGUGCAAAGAGUUACGCAUAUCUUUCGCGAAGUUUAAGCCCGAUUUUGCCCCUAUUUGCGUUAAUGACAAAGACAUUGAAGUAGUUACAUCGGUAAAGCUAUUAGGUCUUAACAUCUCAAAUGAUCUUAAGUGGAAUACGCACAUUUCUGAGAUCGUACGAAAAGUCAGUCAACUAGACUGUACUUUCUUAAACAACUUAAACGAGCUGGCCUUGCAACGAAAGAGAUGCUGCUAUUCUACUUAACUUGCGUGCGUCCAGUAACAGAAUAUGCCUGUCACGUUUUCCAUAAUUCUCUCACUAAAUAUCUAUCUGAUGACUUGGAAAAACUACAAAAACGAGCACUCGGUAUCAUUUUCCCACAUAUACCAUAUUGUGAUGCGUUAGAGCAAGCUGGUUUGGACUCCUUGUACAGCAGAAGAGAUACUCUAACGAAAAAACUGUUCAACGAUAUUGUUCAAAAUACAUCUCAUAAACUGCAUGCACUGUUACCAGAGAAAAAUAGAUCUAGUAUGAAUUUGAGAC